AACCAAAAAAAAAAAAAAAAAAAAAAAAGGAAAAAGCUCUUUUUCUCUCUCUCUCUCUCUCUCUCUCUCUCAUUGUGCUUUGCUCCUCUUUUGGUCCUCUACUUUGCUUUUGCCUCUUAUCUGAAAUUCUGAAGUUAAAAAGGGGUGAUAAUUAACUUGGGGAGAAGUAGUAGUAGUAAGCUUUUUCUCUCCAUCCAUGGAUUCUACUAAGGCUUUACCAACAGAUCAAGCAACUGAUAAGGCUGUCGAGGAGAAGGAAGUGGUCGACAGUAUUACGGAGGGCGGCAAAGAAGAGAGUGUCGCUGAACCCAAAAAUGAGGGAAUUACUGGUACGGAACCAAAGAUCCAAGCCGACGUUGACGAUGCAAAAGAGCCACAAAAUGAAGCAGUAGAAUCACAGGAGAAGUCCGAGCAACCUUCGCUUCAAGAAUCGAAGCCGGAUUCUGCAAAAGAGGAAAAAUCUGAGGAAGAAAGCGUUAAAGAUUCUGCAUCAGAAGAGAUUGCUGUGGCUGGCGAUAGCAGUGUGGAAGAGGCAAAAGAUCCUAAAGAAGCGGUCGACGUUUCCGCUCCUUUAGAGUCGGAACACAAAGCUACCGACGAAGAAUCAAAAGAAGCUAAAGAACCACAAACUGGAGCAGAAGAAUCGGAAGAAAAGAUUGAGGAAUCUCCAGUACAAGAACCAAAACCGGAUUUUGUAGAGAAGGAAGUUAUAGAACCGCUGAAAUCGGAAGAUGAGAGCAAUAAGGUUGAGGAAAUGUUAGUUGAUGAACCAAUUAAAGAAGAUGUCGAGGGCGAUAAGGGCGAAGAAGAACUGGUGAAAGAAGUUGCAGUUCAAGCUCAGUCAUCUGAUCCUUCUGUCGGUGCAGUUGUUAGUGAGGCAAAUGCCGAAAGUGUAGUUACUGAAACUGCGAAAGAGCCUGAGAAUCCGGAGACUAAGAUCGAAGAAGAGAAGAAUGAAAGUGAUGUGCAAGACAAAGAGCCGAUUCCGAGUGAAGCAGAAAAAGUCGACAGUGCUGAAGUUAUCGUAGACAAGAAUGUAGACGAGAGCGUCGGAGAUAAAGUGGAAGAGAGUAAGGAUGAGGAUUUAGAAAAUAAAGAGGAAGUCUCUGAAAAACUUGAAGCUCCUCCUGUAGUUGCUGAUGAAGCUGCUGAAAUCGUUGAGAAAAAGGAUGAGAGUUUGAAGGAUGAAACGCCAAACUUGGACGUAACCUCUAAGGAGUCGGACAAUUCUGCGGUCGCUGAAGUUGAAACUAAGGAAGAGAAAUUACCCGAGAGUGCUGAAUUUGUUGAGGAGAAAGCUUCUGAGUUGGUCGACGCAAAGAAGGAUGAAAAUGCUGAUUCUGUGGAGACUGCAAAAGAACCAAUUGGCAGCUCUGAGGAGGCUGAGAAAGAUAAAGAAGUUAAGGAGGAAAAGCAAGUCGCCGAGCAAAAUGUCGAGACAAACAUAGUUGAAUCCUCCAAAGAUGGUGAAUUAGCGAAGAAGGAUGGAGAGGCUGCCGAAGAGACUGUCAAAGAAACUGCUGACAGUUCUGGGGAGGCUGAGAAAAACAAAGAAGUCGAAGGAGACAAGGGAGAGACGGUCGUGGCCAACUUGGUUGAGCCCUCCAAGGACGGUGAUUCCGCAACGAAGGACGGGGAGAUGGUUGAAAACACUGCUGAGAAAGAAAAUGAAGGCACGGAAAAUGAGAAGAGCGAGAAACCUGCCGAGAGAAACCUAGCUGAAACUUUUAAAGCUGACGAUGCGGCAAAGAAAGAAGAAGAGGCGCCUAAACAGAACGUCACAGUUAAGACUACGCCACGCCAUUCAAACAACAUCAUAUCCAAAGUGAAGCAUUCGAUCGUCAAGGUGAAGAAGGCGAUAAUCGGAAAAUCGCCAAGUUCAAAGGCCAUGUCAGCAGGAGACAAGGAUGAUACCUCAUCAAAAUAAAUUCGAAAAUAAUAAAUAUUUAUGUUGGGUAUUACUUGUGAAGGAUUAAAACUGCUGCAAAGAUGGCAUUGCAUGGAAUAUUUUAGAUGCAGCAAACAUGGGAUGGUGUGUCAUUUAUUGGUUUUGAUUCUUUCUUCUUCUUUUUUUUGGUUCUUUUUUUUUUCUGUUAAAUACAUUUGUAUGGUGUGCAGUGUGCUUAAGUUGGGAUUUCUUUUAUUUCAGUGUCUAUAGUUUAUUUAAGACAUAUUUGUUAUGUUUAUAUUAUGAUUAGCUGUGUAUUAUAUUAUAUGGAUAAUAAUCAACUUUAUGUGGUGAUUGUUUUGUUA